GUCAUCCUCUCCAUUUCUCUUCUGCCGACUCCAUUUUCGUCCACUUCCAGUUCUUUCUUCCACUGAGUCAAACUCGACUCAACUCACCCCCCCUCUCUCUUUCUUGCCACUCUGCAACCAUUAAGCCUUGCCGAAUUUUCUACCGUUCCAUUUCCGGUCGUUCUCAAUUUCUCAUUUACUAGCCACUUCUACUUUCCCGUCUAGUACCAUGUCUUCAACCACCGCCGGGAGCUUUUCCUCCACGAGCACCGCAGCAGCGAAAAACGACGAAGCUGAAACUCUACGGCGCAACCGAAUCCUGUCGAGCAAGCUCUACUUCGACGUUCCCCCUUCUAAAGUUCCUCUGAUAUACUCGCCUUCAUACGACAUUGCCUUCCUCGGUAUAGAAAAGUUGCAUCCUUUUGAUUCUUCUAAAUGGGGCCGUAUCUGUCAGUUCCUCAUUGUGGCCGGUCUUCUGGAGAAAAAGCGCAUAGUUGAGCCUCUGGAGUCUACCAAAGAUGAUCUCCUAGUGGUGCAUCCAGAAUCAUACUUGAAUAGCCUAAAGAGUAGCUCAAAUGUUGCCAUCAUUGUUGAGGUCCCCCCUGUUGCUGUAUUGCCCAAUUGUGUUGUGCAGCAGAAAGUUCUUUCUCCUUUUCGCAAGCAGGUUGGAGGAACUAUAUUGGCUGCAAAGCUUGCUAAAGAACGUGGAUGGGCUAUCAACGUUGGGGGUGGGUUCCAUCAUUGUUCGGCUGCUAAAGGAGGUGGAUUUUGUGCUUAUGCAGACAUUUCUCUUUGCAUACAUUUUGCCUUUGCCCGUCUAAAUAUUUCAAGGGUGAUGAUUAUUGAUCUCGAUGCACACCAAGGAAAUGGGCAUGAAUUGGAUUUUUCUAGUGACAGAAGAGUUUAUAUUCUUGAUAUGUACAAUCCUCAUAUUUAUCCCUUUGACUAUGAAGCCAGGAGGUAUAUUGAUCAGCAAAUUGAAGUGCCGACUGGGACAUUAACAAGCGAUUACUUGUCAAAACUAGAUGAAGCUCUUGAGGUUGCUUCACGGAAUUUUAGUCCUGAGUUGAUCGUGUACAAUGCUGGCACUGAUAUUCUGGACGGAGAUCCUCUGGGCAGGUUGAAGAUCAGCCCGGAAGGAAUUGCCACAAGGGAUGAAAAGGUGUUUAGUUUUGCUCGUGAGAGGAGCAUACCUCUUGUCAUGCUUACAUCAGGUGGUUAUAUGAAAUCCAGUGCAAGAGUGAUUGCAGAUUCAAUUAUCAACCUCUCCAAGAAGUCCUUGAUAGAUCUGCAGAGUUCACCAGGGAAAAUUUAACCGCCAUAGAGUCCUUUUUGUGCUCCUAUUACAAAAAACAAAAUGUUUACUACUUGGAAAUCAAAAUAGGUUCCUCAAUUUUUUCUUUGGUAUGCUAGUCAAGUACUCCUGGAAAACGAAAAGAAUAGUCUGUAGAUAUAGGAGAAAUUAGAAAAACGCCAUGGAUGUCAUCAUCUCCUCUCUCUCUCUCUCUCUCUCUCUCUAAGUGGUGAUAUGUAGACAGGCUACAAGUCUAAUACAAAGCUGUACUGCUGAAAUUGUUGUUUUAUUUUGGAGUGGCUGUAAGGAAGCAAGAUCAAGAGAUGAAGGCUGAAAGUUAUUCGGGUUAAACAGUGCAGAGCUCUCAAUGAACUGGCAACUUGCUCCUGGAAUUCAUUGCAAAGGUCCAGUCUCGUUCUGACAAGACUAUCAGAUUCUUCUGUCAGCCAUGAAAUGCUGAGCUGAAAUGGUUCUAUCAGCCAUGUAAUAUAUGUGUCACAUGAAUCUUUUUACGCUGUUGAGUUCUGAAACCUCUCUCUGGGAUUGGGAGUAAGCUACUUAA